UGCCGAGUUACACAGAUGUGCCAAUGAGAGAGAGGCAGCAGGUGCCCGCAAAGGCCCUGAACACCGAGUACCCCCUCAUUGACAGUGACCCCCACUUCAAGCGCGUCAUCAGCUAUGCUCGCCCCGGCGACUACCUUUACGGCGUCGGCUUUGGUGCCUCGGUCCCCGCUACAAUGGCCUUGAUGGAGCGCGUCUCUCCCUCCGGUGUCUCCCGCAGCGUCUUUGCCAGUGUUAUGCGUCUCUCUGGCGGUAUCGGUCUCUUCGCCGGUUUCUACCUUUGCUACUCGAGAUCCAUCAACCGUUUCUACGGCUUCACUGAGAACCGUCGCGAAAUCGACAUGGACAUGCGCGAAAUGGUCGACAAGGUCAAGCGCGGCGAGGAGCUCUACGGCAAGAGCCAGUUGACCGAGUACAUGCAGGGCGCUGCCUCGCGUCAAUCCCGCUACUCCGGUAUCUGGAUCCACAUGAUGCCUUGGUUCAACUUUGUCAACCACAACCAGCACGGUGUCGACACUGCAAAGUACUACCAGCAGGCCGAGCGGGAACUCGAGGCCGAGAGGGCUUGAACAAAGAAGCAAAGAAAAUGAUAUCCUCGCACGAAACCCUCCCCCCACCCACACCUCUUUCUCUUGUUCUUUGCAGAUAUUCUCCCUUUUCUCUUGGCGCAUACAAUCGGUAAAUGAUAUACCUUCUUCAGACCACG